UAAAAAUUGUUUCGCCGGACUCACCAUGAAGUUAAACAGCGUCUAUUCUAAAUCAACCAUUGAGUGAAAAUGACUUUGAACUAAGGUAUGCAAACAUACAUAAUGUCUUCGGGGAGGGUUAUAGCUGCAAUGCCCCCCUCGUGCUGCUCAUGUACUCAGCUACAAAAUUCUAGAGCCGCCGCUGUAUUUCAACAAAGACGGAGAUGACAGAAGUGUUACACUUCAACAUGCUUAAUACAGUCCCCAAUAUGAUCAGAAAGUCUAAUCCUGGCUCAGUCCAUACAAAACCUGCAGGAGCCUUCAUUAUAAUGUCUUUCAGUCUGUUUUUUUUUCCAAGCUGUUGAAGAAUGAAUCAUUGCACGUCUGUUGUGACACUGGCCAGCAGGCUGUGGGCUGAGCACUGUGCACACAAGGCUGAACUGGUUCUGCCAUUGGCUGAGCAGAGCAACGUGUACAUCAGUGAGCAACAGACUCAAGACGAGGAAAGAUCAUCUAACAUCCAAGAAGCUGUGACAUCAUCAGUGAGCAAUAAAGAAGGCCACAGAAUGAAGUCCAAAGGAAAGGCUGUGAAACCUUCCAGGAGGACCUGGUCUGAUCCAGACCCGGAGCCAGAGCCAGAUACAGAACCCGAAGCAGAACCUGGCUCCAGUGAACAGGAAGGCUCUGAGGCCUCAGUCCACAUUGGCAGCUCCUGGAGAGGAACGCUGAGGAGCGCAGACCAUAAGCGGCAAGGAGUAGCAGGUGGAGGUGCUGGAGGAAGACCUAGCCUUGGUUCUCACAGGCGCCGCCGACAACACGGCUCCAGUACCAAAGAACGCAGCAUCCGCCGGUUAGAGAGCAACGAACGGGAACGGCAGCGCAUGCACAAACUCAACAAUGCCUUCCAAGCACUGCGUGAGGCCAUCCCCCACGUCAAAACAGACAAGAAGCUCUCCAAGAUCGAGACGCUGACUCUAGCAAAGAACUACAUCAAAGCCUUGACCACCAUCAUCCUGGAUAUGUCGGGAGCCUGCACGCCCGCUGGGGGAGUCCCCUCAGAUGCUAGUACCGCUAAACUGCUCCAGUGCUACCAGCAGCACCUGGAAGAGGAAGGGGAAGAAGGUCUGACCCAGUACCUCACCCACAUGCACAGCUUCAGCCAGCGAAGCUAACGCAAGCCGCAGUGCGGUUUGGGAGAACAGGAAAGCUCUGAAGAUGCUGGUCUCUAUAGUAAAGACGGGGUGCGUGGGUGGACUUUUAGGGCCAGAUCUCAAAAUAAUACCCAGUUCCCACAGAUGCACCCGUUUAAACAACAGUUCAGGCCACCUCCAUCGUCCCAGAAGAAGUAAAGGAGGAUUUGUGAACACUUCAAGCUGCAGACAAAAAGACUAAAUGUGGAGAGUGAAACUUUAUGAACAGCUUAAAAAAAAAAAACUUCCUUCACCCACAAAGGAAGAGCUUUUCUAUCGCCAUCUCUUUUUUUCUUUUUUGCAUGAUCAUUUAAGCAGGGCCAGGGACUAGUUCUUCUUCUGUUUUUGUCUUAUCUUGUGAUCUUCUUGUGUGCUUUUUUUUGUUGAGAAACCCGCCGAGCAUAGCCUCAAGUCACAACUGUCACAUUAACGAAGGAGGGACGAGCAGUCGGGCUAAACAGUGAAUUUUUUUUUUUUUCUUCAAACAGUUAUUUGCGUAUGAAGAUUAUUUCCACGGCUUGCUUUUCUAGCUGUUCUGAAACAGGUUCUGCAUCCAUACCUGGAAGGAACGGAUGAUGCUUGAACUAUUUGCUUUUGUGCGUUUUGAGGAAGGACAAAAGUUAUUGAGGAGUGAUGAAUUAUUAUCAAUAAACGUUUUAUUUAUU